CUCGGUCACGGCGAAAUGGUUUGCUUCUGGAUACUACAGAAGGAACAGGGUCCUUUCGGGUGUGAACCACCGUGCUUCUUUCCAGUGGAAUUGCCUCUAGAACUUGUCGCAUCUCUCGAAUUCAAGGGGACCGUCGCUGACUUGUCCUUUCGCGGUGGUUCUUGCGGGUUCAAUCGGGGGUGCGCUAUUAUAGGCGACAAGGCUGUUCCGAUCAGCUGCCCCAUGAUUUGCUCGUGGCGUCCAGUUGGCCGCUUCUUGCAACCGAGCCGCGGAAGUGUAUUGCGAGAUCUCACGGGAAGUGGACAGUUAGUCUCUUCGAGGCCCAGAAGGCAGUCCGAGCGCGCGCACGCACGCGCGCACGCUCGCGAGCAAGCGCCGUUCUUCCCGAGCGUCUCCGUCAGUCACUUGUUUCGCCCGAGAAGCACGGUACAGACAUUGGAGACGAUGGCGAGCGAAGAAAGGGUGUACGUUCCCAGUGCGAGCGAUUCGGAAGACCUAGCAACGAACGGAAAGAUGAAACUCGAGGAGUGCAGGAUGGCGACCAUGGAGGUGCGAGCCCUGUCUCUGAGGGCCAAGCUGCGCAAGUUCGCCAAGGACCACUUCUUCCUGCUCUUCACGCUAGGCGGCGUCGUGGCCGGAGUCGUUCUCGGCCUCGGACUGCGUCAGGCGAGCCCCAGCGAGUCUACCAUCAUGCUGCUCGGCAUGCCUGGCGAAAUAUUCAUGCGAUGUCUGCGCAUGCUCGUACUCCCCAUGAUGAUCGCCAGCAUUAUCACAGGCAGCGCUAACCUGAGCGGCAAGGCGAAGGGAAAGAUGGCCCUGCUGACGUUCGCCAUCUUCAUCGGCACCAGCUUCAUGUCAGCGCUCAUCGGGCUGUCUUUCGUCACCAUUAUCCACCCUGGAAGCCCCGAACUCAAGUCCGAGCUCGAUGCCGAGGACGAAGUCAAGGGCAGUGCGCACCUGCUCGACACCUUUCUGGACCUCGUCAGAAAUGCAUUUCCCGAAAACCUCGUAGAGGCUUGCGUUGAGCAGGGUUACACUUCAUACGACAAGAGAAAUAUUUCAAUAAGAGGAGAACCGGCAAGAGAAAUCUCGAAAAGGAGCUGGUCACGAAGAUCUGGAACCAACUCCUUAGGCUUGAUCGUAUUCUGCGUCGUCUUCGGAAGCGCAUUAGGCACGCUUGGCCAACCAGUUGAAAUCUUGAAGCAGUUCUUCGCGGCAUUGGACGUCGUUAUUAUGAAGCUUGUCUUCCUUGUCAUGUGGAUGACGCCAGUGGGAGUGAUGAGCCUGCUGUGUGCGCGCAUCCUCUCUGUGGGCAGCAUCGUGGCGUUGUUCCACCAAAUGGCACUGCUCGUCGGCACCGUGCUAUCGGGUCUCGCCGUCGAGCUCUUCGUGGUCGAGUGCCUGCUGUAUUUCGUUGUGACGCGGAAGAACCCGUUCAAGUUUCUCGGCGAGCUCGCGUACGUGGGCCUGUGCGCCUUCGUCACGGCCGCCAGUGCACCCGUGAUGCCGUUGACGCUCAAGUGCCUGGAGGAGAACUGUGGGCUCGACAAGCGCGUCACGAGGUUCGUGGUGCCCGUCGGCGUCACGGUCAACAUGAACGGCACCGCACUCUUCAUCACAGUCUGCAGCAUCUUCAUCGCGCAGCUCAACGACAUCGCCCUCUCGUCGGGAGACUACUUCGCGGUCCUAAUCACGGCGACAGCUGUGAGCGUGGCGGCGACGUCCGUUCCCAGCGCGGCGCUCUUUCUCAUGGUGAUGACGCUGUCAGUUAUUGGUGCACCGGUCACUGACGUCAGUCUCCUGUUCACCGUAGAGUGGCUGCUUGACCGCGCGCGGACCACCAACAACUGCUUGGGCGACUGCUUCACAAGCGCCCUGGUGGACCACAUAUGCUUCCCGAAGAAGCCUUCCGAACUCAACGAGGUCGUCGUCGUCGCAGACGAGGGAGCGACCGAGAAGCUGCGAGACUCGACGCUGUGAUCUAAACCCUGCUAUACACUCGAAGGGCGCUGACAACGGUCCUCGAAGCGGUACCACGCAAGAUGUACCGCAAUGCAACAGACUCUCUUCACGCACAAUUCAAAAUGUACAAGAGUACCUAUUCUGCGUAUCACACCACCAACGCGUUCACGCGGCGUAUUUUAACGCCAUGGUAACGUAACGAAACCAGCGUUCAACUGUGCUCUCCCACUCCGCUAGCCUAUCGCCCCGCUUCAUGGCACACUGUCUUCGCGCUGGCUGAGUAACUAUAGCAUUCUGAGGUGGCGGGCUAGACUCCCAGCCAGUUUCAACCGCGUCUGGUUGGCCCCAGUGAAUGCAAGAACGCCAGCUUAUUUAUUUGUAAUUCAGUGCGCGCUAAAGAACCGCAGGCGGUCAAGUAUAAUUUAGAGCUUCCCCUUGCGACGUAUCUCAUGGCCCAAGGGUUGCUUAGCGAAGCAAAAUAAAAUCAGCCAGUCAAUCAAACCGAUCAAUCGAACUUUUAUGGCGCCCUUACAACGCUUCGCCUCCAAUUUGCGUUAAUGCACCAUGUGAUGGUACGGCCAACUUCCGUGACAACCUGUAUGCAUGCUCACGUUCGCUGCUUCCCUCUCUGUGCCAGUUAUCCUCGGGCCAUCCAAAUGACCGAACAACUCAGCCCAUUUGAGAAGGUUUUGCGUAAGACCCCAAAUGUAACACCGCAAACUGUGAUCUUUUUGUUUUGGGUUUCGCAAUGACAAGAAACAAAAAGCCUGCAGCAGGCCAACUACACAGCUCUAGGCGAGUGCUUCUCAAUCGGUCCACUUGUCCUGCCACUUGCAUAUACAAAAUGUCAAAAAGUAUACAAGCUAUCAUGAGCGGAAUCGCUGAGUCGAACUGUUUAUCUUAUUUUUUGCUCCUCGCGUCACACAUUAAACGCAUUUAAGCAUCCACACUGAAGACUCUGUUGCGUGUGAAUGAGCUAUCUAUUGUUCUUACGACGUGGAGUGCGCUAGUCUUUCCAUAUACGUAUUCCUUCAGACGAGCAGUAUUCUGUUGUUGUUGUUGUUUUGUGUAUGUAUAAUGCGAGCACACGUGAUGUGUGACAGUGCUCCCCCGUGACACAGGUUUUCUAGUUCUGACUUACUCAUUACGUUCGAAACUCGGUUAUAACGAACAAGCUUAUGCACUAAAUAAUAGUCCAAUAUAUUGGGCAGUUCUAUAUACCUAAAUUCGCCUACGACGAACUUAAACGAACCUUCAUGAAGCGCUUGUUAUAUAUGGAUUCGUUAUCGCCAAUGGUUUAAAAAGAAUUCCAUUUGUUGAAAACAAAACUAUGCGCAGUAGACAGUAAUUCUUGCCUGUGCCUUAUACUGCUCCUUGGAACCUCUAAAACUGGCGUUCUCGGUGCGAUAUUGUGUAACCCUGCUUCAGUCAACUUCAGUUAAGAGUUAUUUUGCAUGAGUUCUGUCAGUAAGUUUAUCGUGUUCAAUGUAAAGAAUAAUUUGCUUUUCUCGGGUUCGUUACAUUCGGGGGCGAAUGUAUGCCCCUUUCUUUUAUCCUCAACCGACGUUGGCACUGUCGUAUAUAGACGUUGCAAUAGCAUACGCCGCUACACGCACUGUCAGCAUCGUGAUCUCAGGAAAAAGAGCGGAUCAACGACAACCCCCCCCCCCUCCCCCCCUCCGCCCGCCACUUCCAGAAGGUAGAAUAUCCUUUAUCUAAGCAUAAACAGUUCUAUGUACAACACCCCCACCAUUUUAACAAAAGCACACAUUCCUGCCUAACACAAGUGAAUGUUUGUAGAACAUUACGCCAUCAUUAACAUUGCUCCUAGUUGAUUCUCUACACACAAGUUUAUACAUUCCUAGAGACCUUAAGUCUAGCCAUGACUUUAGCGUUUUAGCCAAUGAGUCUUCCGCAUCAUGAUCAGCAUAGGACAUGGUCAUCAGUGUUUCUUCCAAUUAUCGCCUCGAGAUCUGUAUUCAUAGCAGUUUCAGUCACGCAACCAUUAGCGUUCAAAUAAUUAACUUAACAUGGGAGAGAAUUCGUGGUGCUUUUGUGGCUCAAUCCGAAGGUCCCUCCUAUAGAGAAAGUAAACUGCAACUCUUGUCGGCACAAAGAAUAGAUUUAAAAAAGAUAACGCUCCAUUAGCAUAAUAGUGACAGAAAGGGAUAAAAGUGCCCACCACGGCGACUCAUAAUCUAAACUUCACGGAUAGGAUAAUGUGUCGCAUCUGAUGGCAAUUGGUGAUGAAGUUUUUUUACAGGCGUUUGUCUUCAUAAUUGAAGUUUAGGUUCUGAUGAUCUUGAAGAGUAUAGUUCAGGAUAUUCCACUAGUUCUGUAAGUCGCAAGUGAAGUGUUACUUAAGCUUUGAAUAGUGCUCCAAGACGCCAUCAGAUUCAUAACCCCCCCCCCCCCCCUUUACGAAGCACCAAUUUUGCGAAAUAUAGUCAACUCUGUCGCAAACUCAUGUAUACAUUUCUCAUUAUCUCUUAUUUUCCUCAAAUCGCGCCCUUCAAGUAAACUGUGCCAAAUCCCAGUGCUUAAAAGUAGCGGGUCUCGUUGACACCGGUAGUGCCAUAACAUAUUGCCUCUUUCUCCUCUCGCCCAAAGAUGCAUGCAGAAGUGCGCAUUUGAACAUGGAUCGAUGUGUGCAAUAAAUGGCCGCCUGGCAUUAAACAUGAACAUCAAAAUCGUGCCAGGGGAAAAUUACAAAA